AUGACGGAGGACUGCUUUCUGGAGCUUCUGGAGCAUCCCGGCGCUGCCCAUGAGGCUCCCCAGCUGACGGCCACCUCCUCCCCGGUGGAAACGGAGCGGCCUGACCCCCGCGAGCCCGGGCCAGCUACCGUCUCGGCGGCUCAGGGCAUUUGGGGUCUCAAACUUCAGGCUCGGCUAGGAGGCACUAGGCCGCGGAUUUGGCGCGCCCGUCGUGCCCCCCCAAACCCCGCCACUCUGUGCGGGAGCCGACGGGGUCCCGGGACACCCGGGCCCUGCCGUCCCCAUCCUCCCGCCCGCCCGGGGAGCUGUCCGGGGUCCCGGGGCCGGAGAUUCCGCUUCCCACGGUGGCAAAGCGCGAGCGCAGCGCCGGGAUCUGUCCGGACUGUAGGCGCGGGGGGGGGCGCGGGGGUCCCAGGUGGCUUAGGAGCAGAUCCCUGGGGUCCGCGCCGGUUGCCCAGCCCCCGACCCCGGGCCCAGUCGUAUUUCUGCAAACCCCGCCUCCCGCACGGGGGAGGGGCCCGAGCUGGACCGUGGGGAGCGGACACAGCCCGAGCGGACAUCAUGGACCCGCCCCGGACUGACCUCUUCCCGGAGGAGAUUCUGCAUAAGACGAUCCUGGUGGGAGACAGUGGCGUGGGGAAAACAUCUCUGCUGGUGCAAUUUGACCAGGGCAAGUUUCUCCCUGGCUCCUUCUCGGCUACCGUGGGCAUCGGAUUCACCGUGAUGCUGCUGGGAGACUCAGGUGUUGGGAAAACCUGUUUCCUGAUCCAGUUCAAAGAUGGGGCCUUCCUGUCCGGAACCUUCAUAGCCACUGUCGGCAUAGAUUUCCGGAACAAGGUGGUGACCGUGGAUGGUGUGAAAGUGAAGCUACAGAUCUGGGACACGGCAGGGCAGGAACGUUUCAGGAGCGUCACCCAUGCCUACUACCGUGAUGCCCAGGCCCUGCUCCUUCUCUACGACAUCACCAACAAGGCCUCCUUCGACAACACCCGGGCCUGGCUAACGGAGAUCUACGAGUUCGCCCAGAAGGAUGUGGUGAUCAUGUUGCUAGGUAACAAGGCGGAUGUGAGCGGUGAGAGAGUGAUCCGGUCCGAGGACGGCGAGUCACUGGCCAGGGAGUUCGGUGUGCCCUUCAUGGAGACCAGCGCCAAGACCGGCAUGAACGUGGAACUGGCCUUUCUGGCCAUUGCCAAGGAGCUGAGGCACCGGGCCGGACGGCGGGAAGACGAACCCACCUUCCAAAUCCGGGACUACGUCGAAUCCCAGAAGAAACGACCGGGCUGCUGUGCCUUCUGGUGAACCCGGGACGGGGGCCCGGGGGCUCGGGGAGGGGAACCGGCCCCAGAUCACCCCCCCGCCCCCCACCCAAGCCCGGGGGAUCGCAUUUGCCUCGCGAGCACUGACCCAGAAAAGCGCAGGCUAGAUCUGCGAGGGGCGGGCCCGUCCCCCCCGGCUCCCUCGGGCCAUGCGCUGCUGAGCCAUUUGGCAAUCAAUCAAUCGUAUUUAUUGAGCGCUUA